AUGCCAUCUGUACGUUUGCUCAGUAGCUUUAAAGCGCAUGAGGGAGUAGCGUGGUACGUUUCUUGGAGUCCAGACGGUAACGAGUUGCUAACGUGCAGUUCGGACCGUUCGGUCAAACUGUGGGGUCGGAUGGGAGAUUCUUGGGCAGUGAUCGAAACGAUGGAUGGGAUUCACAAAAAGACGAUUCGAUCGUGUGAAAUGUCUCCAGAUGGCAAUUACAUUGCGGCGGCGAGUUUUGACAGCAAUAUUAGCGUAUAUCACAAAACAGACGGUGAGUGGACAUUCUUCACGAUGCUGGAAGGCCAUGUAAACGAAGUGAAGAAUGUGUGCUGGAGCCAUGACAGCCAGCUCCUUGCAAGCACGUCCAGGUAG